AUGCAACUCCACUUCCGCACAGCUACAACAGAAGAUGUCCCCCAACUCAAAGCCCUAAUUGAAUCCGCCUUUCGCGCGCAAGACACCCGCCCAGGCUGGAUCGACAACCUAGGCCUAUCCAACACAUUCACCAUUGCCACUGAAGAAUUAAUCACAGUCCUCGCCAAAGCCGACAGUGAGAUGCUGCUAGCAUUUUCGGCGGAACAUACCACUGCCUCUACAACCACGACCACAACCACAAAUACCAGCACCAAUACCAACACCGAAACACCCCUCAUCGGCUCAGUCGGAGUCUCCAAACGCCCUGGAAACAUAGGCCGUCUCUCCCUCCUCGCCGUGAACCCCAUGUACGCGGCUGAUGGCAUUGGACGUCAGAUCCUGGAGUACGGCGAGGAAUAUUGUAUUCACGCUUGGGGCGUUGAGAAGCUUAGUCUGAAUACACUGUCGGUUCGUCUGCAGCUUCGGGCUUGGUAUGCUCGGCGUGGGUAUGUCGAGACUGGGGAGACGGUGCCGUUUCCUAUGAAGAGGGUUCCUGGGUUGGUGUUGCCGGAUGGAAUUCACAUGGUUGAGUUUGAGAAGGGGGUUUGA